AUGGUGGUGGUUGCACGUCGUCAUUCUAGCAGUGCAGUAUAUAGGAUAAAAAUUACUGACACUGUAACGAUGUCUGUGAUGAGGAAUCAGAUAGUAAAUACUAUGGAGCUAAUGGUUGAUUUUAGAUUUAGAUAA